AUGAAAAGUAACAGUUUGCCGGGAAGGGGGGGAAGGGGCGUGCUGCUCGAAUGAUUUACAAGUGAGAUUGUUUGUUGUUGUUUUUUAGCAUGAGAGAGGAAUACGGACUACCUCAAAGUGCUUUUAAAUCUGUUAUGAGCUAUACUACGCAAAUCUGCCAGGACAAUAUGUUGUUAGCUGGCCAAAGAGUCAAGAGGAAAUUGGAAAACAGAAUUGAUAUUAGUGACUGUUUGGACUUAAGUGAUUUCCCCCCAUUUAAACGCUGCCACAGCGGUUGGUUAAGAAAUCAAUUUAUCAACCAACACUUCAAUGUUGUGGUAUGUACUUUUGAGGACUAAUUAAGAGUAAUUAAUAGUUAGCACUCUCUGCUUGCCUCCUAAAUAUUCAGCAAACUGUUUGUUUUUGAGACCUUUGUUGCUUUAAAAAAAGUAAUGGUCAUUCUGUUUAUUAUUUAUACAUGUAUUUUCCACAUCCAAGAGUACUCUCAUUGGUAUAUAGGUCAUUAAAUACAAAACAUUAUUGAGAACUAUUAAAAAUGGAGAACAAGAAACUGAAGGGAGACAGUUAUGGAAAAAAAUAUGAAAGAAUGAGCAUUGAAAUGCGAUGAGUUUCUCAGUUCUAAAAAUAUAAAUGACCUGGAAUGAUUUUCAUCAUCUAUUUUGUUGUAGCAACCAGUACAGAGGACUCUUGGAACAACACUUUCAAGGACCAGAGGACAUGGCAGAAAAAAGAAUCAUCAGUUGUUGAAGAAGCACACCUAUUGUUUUAUUCCUCUCAUUAAGAACUUGGAAGCUUUAUUGUCUGAUAAAGAGUUGAGAAAAGCACUGUUGCAGUCUAACUGUAAUCGAUCUGAUAGCAAACUGGAAUUUCUUCAGGAUGGUGUAGUCUUAUCCAAUCACCCUCUCUUUGCUAUUGAUGGAAACACAUUAUCCUGUAUAGUGAUGAAAUAG